AUGCGACCUGCUCAAAGGUCUCGUGCAAGAUAUUAUGCAGCAACGGCACGGUAUAUGAGGCUACCCUACCUCGCGAAUCAGAUGCUAAACACUGCAGGUUACGAGUUCGACUGUGCACUAACCGAGCCCCAGUCCUGCAGGCCUGCUGCUGCUCAUCACUCCGCCUCCCAUCACCAAGGUUGUGAUGCUCAACCACAGCUGCCACUCAGCUCAGCGCAAUUCCAGCACCUACUAGAGUGUUCCGCUAAGUUUCUGGGGUGGCGAAGUCCCCAGCUUAUAGACGUGGAAGAGUUACACACCACCUCCCGCAUUCAUCUAGAAACCUUGGUGGACCUGUCUCCAAGGGGCAUCUCAGUGCUGGUUUCGAGAACUCGUUUACCGGUAGACACCAUUGCCUUGGUCUUCGCAGCUCUAGCGCUUGGAGCUGUGGCAACUGGCGAACCCGGUCAUGGCCGAUUUUACUUCGGGGUGUCCACUGAAAUGGUUAAAUAUUGCGUGGGUGAACUAACACUGGACCUCUGUCUCUCCUACUUCCUGCAACAUCUCCAUGCACUCCGCUCCGGCACUUCGAACUAUGCUCAGGGUAUAAUCUUACAGGCAAUCCACGUCUCCCGUGCACUAGGACUCCACCAAAAUACGCAUGGAAACCGCGGUCUACUCCUCUUCAUGCUAAUUUAUAUGGCAGACCAGUACGGCUCUUUACAACACAAUACUGAGCCUCACAUUCAGGCAUCGAACCUUGAAGAUUUCCUCUUUGCUCCUUUAAUUGAGGCUGAGCCUGAGCUUCAAGCAGUUGUUGAGCUAGUAACGAUUAACGGUCACGUAAUUGAACAGUCGUAUAGGCGUUUAGAUCUCUCAGAUGAAGAGUUGCUGAAGCUCGAAACAAAGAUUGGGAGCUUUUGCUGGCAACGGAGAGGGCCAAUCCAACCUGGUUGUGGAAGCUACAGACGCAACUACGACCUAGUCGCUCACAUCCAUAUGUUGUGUUGUCGCUUGAAACUUCGCGCACCACGACUUUCUGUGCAGUCUUCGUGGCUGCUGUCACUGUCAACCUGUAUUCACGCGGCCCAGGGCGUCCUUACGGCUUACCUUCAACUGUACCAACCAGUGCUUGCGAUGCUGGCCAAGCAAUUCAGGAAUCAAGAUCUACCGGCUGAUAAGCUCUCAACACCUAGCGUCGCUGCGCUGGCGGUUACCUGGAGACAAGUCAAAAGGAUAAUGCUGUCUACAUUUGUAGUGAUAUUCGCCUAUUGGCAUGGUGAGCUUGUACACGACGAAGCUUCGCGGUACAUGGCCAUGGCAAGAUUAUUACUUGAGUACCCUCGUUGGCGAUGGGGUGAAGCUCUCAAUGAAGCCGUAGUGACAUUGUAUGACAUCUCUGGCCUUGCCAACUUUUCCAUCUACCAGCAUCUGCAGGGGCUGCUGCCUGGACAGAGUGAGCAUUUCCUACGAUCACUUUGCGACCGUAUGCCCAAGGCAGAGCCAGAUGGCUUUGAUACGGACCAGCCUGAGUAUGCAGAUGAUGCUUUAUUCGGAGCAGCAUUCUGGCCCACAGUGAACGCCUUCCCUUGGAGCCACGACUUCCCAGGUUUCGACAUCAGCACAAUUGAAGACCAGACUGAUUUUGGCCUCGCCGAAAGUAUGGAGUAUCAUUUGAAUGACGUACAGCAAAAUAGCAAUACUUGA